CCUCUCCGAGCUCUCUUCACCUCCAUUGCGCCGGCCCCUUCUGCUUCUGCUUUUACCUGAGCUCCUGCGCCGCCAUCUCCAGCAGUGCCGCGAACCUCUCGCCUUCGCCUUCGCCGCCGCCGGCGUCUCCUAACAGAACCGGCACGCGGCGGCGCGCACACACGCGGCACGCCGCCGCGGCCGCCAUCCGAAAAGCUCAGACGCCGGCAUCAGCUCCGCUUUACCCGUACAGGCGCGUAGCAAAAAGCCCCGCAUGCGAAAUCCCCUCCACGCCCCUCGCAGCGAAACAUCUCCUGCUAGCACUGCAGCACCCCGGAGCCCUAGCGCAAUCCUCGCGAUCCAGAUCCCCACUCUUGCCAUGGCGGCCAGGAGAGAGGCUUGGCAGUUCGCGGCCGCGCUGGUCUUCUUCCACGGCUCCGAAUACGUCCUCGCCGCCGCCUUCCACGGCCGAAGCAACGUCACCGCCACCUCACUUCUUAUCAGCAAGCAGUAUGUUUUGGCAAUGAGUUUCGCAAUGUUGGAGCACCUGACAGAAAUUCUUCUCUUCCCAGAAGUAAAGGGGUACUGGUUUGUCAGUAAUAUUGGCCUUCUAAUGGUGCUUAUCGGUGAAGUUAUUCGUAAACUUGCUGUUGUGACAGCCGGGCGUGCCUUCACGCAUGUUAUAAGAAUUCAUCACGAAGACCGGCAUCAGUUGAUUACUCAUGGGGUUUAUAGGUUUAUGCGUCAUCCUGGGUAUUCUGGCUUUCUUGUAUGGGCAGUAGGAACCCAGGUUAUGCUGUGCAAUCCAGUAUCAACAGUUGCAUUUGUAUUGGUGUUGUGGCGAUUCUUUUCAAAACGGAUACCAUAUGAAGAAUUUUUCUUGAGGCAGUUCUUUGGUUCUGAAUACGAAGAAUACGCACGGAAAGUGCACUCUGGAUUACCAUUUAUUAAGUGAAAGUAUCAAACUUGCAAAGCCUUGAGGCAAUGUCAUUAAAAACUGGUGGAUACAUGCUUUCUCAUAAAAGAAAGAAAAGUACAUGAGAGAGUACAUGAUAAGAAUUCUAGUAAUCUAUACGUAAUCGAUAAGGACUCUAUAUUCCUAAAUCCUAAGGACCCCCCCCCCCCCACCACUCUCAAAUGCAAGACGUAUGCAAUAGCGUUGCAUUUGAAAGAGAUGACACUAAGUAAUAAACUUAGACUAAUAUAUCUAAAAAUUGUCUCUUCAAAGUCAUCGUAGAGUGGAGUCUUGCAAUCCUAUUGAAUCAAGUUGAAGAAGUGCUAAGCGAAGCACAGGAGUAGAAUCAUGAUGAUGAUGACAAAAGAAUGCUCUUGGUCGAGAAUCGCAACAAAGCAACGAUGAGUAGCAAGACAACAAAAGAAGUUGUCACUAAGGCUAUGGAAAGAUCAAGAUGACACAAUAAUGUCCUAGACCAAGAUGAUGAGUAGCAAGACAACAAACGAAGUUGUCACUAAAGUUACGGAAAGAUCUAGCUGGUACUGUUGCAUCAAUAACGAUAGGAAAGAAAUCGAAAAAUUGAUGAAGGAAUAUGUGGACUCACACGGCACAAACGAACUCAAAGAGGGAUGUAGACUUGGUGGACGCAAUGGAAGACAAAAACUAAAACUAUACGUGAUGAUAGAAUGAUUCUAAUAUGAGGCAAACACGAGCAACAUCAAGGAUACUAGCAGUAGUAGAAACAACAGUAGCAAGUUGUGCAUCAAAGCCAAAACAGCACGCACAUGCUCCAGCCCAAAAUCAAUAGUGCAUAAAAGAGCAAUAGAUGUUGAUGAGGAAGCCCAGAUCGGCCCAGAUUGACGACAUGAUUUACGACAUGGUUCCAUCGUGAGGCCCAUCAAAACAGUCGAGCCGAGGCGCAGAUCGGGGCAGGCGGAGGAGCUAGAGCUUGGCGGCGGAGGAGCCCAACCGAGGGAAAGCGAGCGAGCCGAUUGUGGGUGGGUGAGCCCGAAUCGGACGCGGAGCCAGUAGCCAGCGGUUGCAAGGCGGUGGCACCUUCAUUAGAAACAGAGAGAGAUGGCAGAGCCGGCGGGGAGGCAACGUAGAUCGGUUUGGGGCGCAAAUUGGCUGCGGGAGGACAAUCGACUAGCAGAGUCGGUCGGACGAAGCCGACCGGGGGCUGAGCAACGAGAGGAGCUCGAGGCGGAGGCGCAUCCAACCAGGCAGGGAUGCCGCGGCGCCAGAUUGGUCGUGGGAGCAUGGGGUGGAGGCAGAUCCAGUUGAGUAGGGAUGUGGCAGCGCCAGCGCCGGAUCAGUCGUGGGAACCCAGGGCAGAGGAGCGGCAACGACAACGCGGCCAUGGGAGCGCCGCCAGCCGAUAGAUCAGCUCGGGGCGACGAUGGGCGGAGCAACGUCCGACGGGGGAGGCGCGGUUCAGAUUGGGGCGCGGGGUGGCGCGGAUGAGUCACUGUUGAUGGCGAAUCUGGUCGGAUCAGGACGAGCUGGCUGCUGGAGGGGAGAAGGCGACGACAGGCACUAUUGCUCACGGGCGGAGGAGUGCGUGGGCGCAAAAGCACAUAGGGAGGAGAGCUGUUGUGCGACAAGCCGUCGAACAAAAGAAAACACCGACGGGAAGAGAGAGAGAGAGAGAGAGAGAGAGAGAGAGAGAGAGAGAGCCGAUGACGAUGGGAUAGAUCUUAUCUGAACGAGUUGUGACGUCCAAAAAAAAACUUGGUUGUGAUAUCAUGCUAGAUUAAGCCCAAUGAUCCAUGGCUCCGGGAGCCGGCGACAGACAGUAUUGACACGUGGCGAAAGCACCGGUGAUGCCAACAUGGAGAGGCCUUUGCGACAGCUAAGGGAGUCGACGGAUCCGGCCAAUGGCUGACGUCGACAAAGGGGCUCAUGCAAGUCGGCGGCAAGCAGCAUAUGGAGCGUAGCAUGUAGCCCACGUCGAUGUUGCCCGAUAGCAGAUUGGGUGAGCAAUGGGCCUGAUCAAAGAGGAGGCAGGCAGAUCUGGCGGCAGCCAUCGAUGGAUUCGGCUAGGAGCGGCAGCUAGCACGAUGAGAGUCCCCAGCGGCGGAUCCGGUGGCGAUCACUCGUCGCCGGUGGCCGAUCGGGCUGGAGCAAGGAGGCGACGGCCGGGAGAGCCCGUGCAGGGGAGCGGCGUCUGGGCGGGACGCAAUGAGGUGGCCAGAGAGGAAUAGGAGGUGGCGCCGGGCGGAGCGGGAGUCGAUGGCUCAGAGCGGAAUACGUUAUGGAUAAAGACGAUAGCGUUAAAAAUCUUGUAACUUUGUUUAUUUUCUUUGAAGAGCACGAGCUUUUUUUUGUAGUUUGAAUGUUAGAUUAUUCUUACCCAGAUAUCGUAAUCUGCCCUACCAGAUACUUCACCUGUUUGUGCACAAUUUCACAUUUAAAGCUUUUGUCAUUUGACAUUUAAAUCACCUUUUGGUACUAUUUUGGAAACCAUGUGUGGCUGAUGAUCAAGACCAAACCUAGCCUUGUGGGCUGACAUCUUACAAAUUAGUAUCUUAUACGUGGCUUCUUAGCUGAUGUGGCUCACAUCCAUUUUGCUAUAUUUAUGGUUACUUUGAGAAAGAAAAAUGUUUUCAGGACCCACAAGUAAGAUUGGGAAUAAACUAAUAUUCGAAUGAAUGUGGCAUGAUCAGCACUUCAUAAACAUGUAUUGCAAUCUCUGUGUGGUGGUCACUAGGGAAACAAACAUCCUCGUUCAGUUUUAAAUGCAAUUCGAAUCCGGAGACAGGAUAUUAAU